UCGCGCUUAACGUACGUACACACACAACUACGGGGAGCUUUGGCACUCGUAGCGUACUUCCCAAGACUGAAAACCUUGGCCGAUUCUGUCUCUCUUCCCGAAUAGGGGUAAUUGCAAAUAAUCUUUUGAAAAUAUCAAACAUUAUUGUCUCAUGUGCAAUGAGAGAAUACUUAUCUGUCGCAUUUCCUACCUCAAUUUUGUGGGCUUGUGAAUGGAUGAACACAAGAUCAAUCGGACUAUGCCUUCAUGUGGCUUCCGAAGCCAAUCCAAGGGGAGAACUCAUGGCUGACCCAGUUCCCGGCACCAUCAAGGCAAACCCAAGCUCUCAUGGCAAUUGCGCAAAAGCAAGUCAUGGCCUUGGUACGUAGAAGAUCGGAGUUUCCGCCACUAGAAGUGCUCCCGCUGGUAUUCUACAUGAAGUUCAAUGACAGGGCCGAGCUGAUUUACACCUACAAGUAUGCGAGAUCCAAAUUCGUUGACCUGAUCAACGAUUUGACGAAGAGGACUUGCCAGUGGAAGGUGGAGGACGACGUCGAGGGGAAUAACGCGGAUCAGCUUAUGAUAAGAGGAGAGGCGGUAUUCUUACUAAUGUGGGGAGCGGAGUCGGCUUUCCAUAAAGCCCGCAAGACUGAGCAGGCGCCUGUGAAUAUUUGCGAAGCGAAGAGAGACGAGGCGGAUGAGAUUACGGAGGAGGAGAGACUUUACCUGAAGAAGAAAAAGGCGGAGUGGUCGAAAGCCAAGUUAUCCGCAGGGAAGGAGAAACGGAAGGUCUCAGCAUAUGGAGCGGGGUCUAGAAAUGCGUUCUACCCGCUUGCAUCUAACAGGUGGGUGAAGGCGAUGAGCAGAGCUCUGAAGGAUCAACCGGACUAUGCCUUCAUGUGGCUUCCGGAGCUAAUCCAAGGGGAGAACUCAUGGCUGAGCCAGUUCCACGCACCAUCAAGGCAAACCCAAGCUCUCAUGGCAAUUGCGCAAAAGCAAGUCAUGGCCUUGGUACGUAGAAGAUCGGAGUUUCCGGCACUAGAAGUGCUCCCGCUGGUAUUGUACAUGAAGUUCAAUGACUGGGCCAAGCUGAUUUACACCUACAAUUAUGCGAGACCCAAAUUCGUUGACCUGAUCAACAAUUUGACGAAGAGGACUUGCCAGUGGAAGGUGGAGGACGACGUCGAGGGGAAGAACGCGGAUCAGCUUAUGAUACGAGGAGAGGCAGUAUUCUUACAAAUGUGGGGAGCGGAGUCGGCUUUCCAUAAAGCCCGCAAGACUGAGCAGGCACCUGUGAAUAUUUGCGAAGCGAAGGGAGACGAGGAGGAUGAGAUUACGGAGGAGGAGAGACUUUACCUGAAGAAGAAGAAGGCGGAGUGGUCGAAAGCCAAGUUGUCCGCAGGGAAGGAGAAACGGAAGGUCUCAGCAUAUGGAGCGGGGUCUAGAAAUGCGUUCUACCCGCUUGCAUCUAACAGGUGGGUGGAGGCGAUGAGCAGAGCUCUGAAGGGUAAGAUCUGGACCUUGGAAACUUAGAACUUCCUUGGGCCAAUCGAUGUGAGAGGGUACGCGCUACUUGCAGCCGUAUGUCAAGAUGAGGUUAGGGAGUGCUUUGAUCGCGCAAUGAAUAUGAUCACUGCUC